AUGCUAAGCGACAGCCGCGCCUCCCCGCAGUUGGAGUCGUGCCCUGUGCCCGCCCGUCUGCAAACAUCGCCAUCCGAAGCGGCAAUUCCGGAUUAUGGAUACGUCUCUCCACGCCAGCAGUCCGAGAGGUGCGCGGUAACACCGGAUUCGUCAUUCCAGCCGCCUUCACGGCAGCAGCAACGGCAACAGCAACAGCAAACGCAACAGCAUGGCCUGAACGCACCGCACCCGUCACUGUCUCCUUUGUCAGAGUACCACAGCGGCUAUACCGAUGACGACCUCGGAGCUCCCUCUCCAUCUACCUCGCCUUUUCCCCGGGCCAACCACCUCCGCCAGAACUCUUUUCCGAACCUUUUACCUCUAGCCCUCAGGAGCCGAACUCCUUCGCCAACAAGAAAGACGCACCAGCGCUAUCCUUCAGAGCAGAUGCCCUUCACCGGCGACGGAAGGAGCAACGGGAGGGCAUGGGCAGGGGACAACAGUCUGCGGGGCGGCGCGGGAGGGCUGGUCGGCUGGCUGAGCGGCAACGGGGCCACGCCAUCCGAUGCCACGCCGCCCAAGCUCAGGCGAGGGACCGCCUCCGAGCUGUCGACCCCAAAAAGCAGCAACACCACAACCGCCGCCUCCCGCUUCAUGUCGGCCCUCUCCUCCCGCUUCACCCCGACGACCAUCCCAACCAAACCAACCAUCGCCGACGCCCCCAUCGACGACGAACUCUUCAACUUGGACAUUGAAGCCGCCCUAUUCCCCCAGGGAACCCGUUCCUCGGACCGGGACCCCUUCUCCCCGGCAGCGUUCAAAAACCUGCACAUGAACGCCGCGGGCCUGCUCAGGAAGUUCCAGACGGCCUACAGGGAAAGGGUCGUUGCCCUCAACGAAAUCCAGGCCGAGCGCUCGGCGCAGCGAGACGAGCUGGAGGAGGCCGAGACGCGCGCAGCGCACCUCAAGAUGCAGCUCGAGGGCAUGGCGCGCAAGGCGCAGGAGAACGAGCGGGCGAUGAAGGCGCUGGUGGAGGAGUUAGCGGCCGAGAGGCGUGCCAGGGAGGAGGAGAGGAGAGGUGCAGCAGCCGCGGCCGCGGCCAUGCUCUCCCCCGUUGACAGGGGAGGUGGUGGUGGCGGCGGCGAAGGCGGGUCGAUGGUAUCUGAGGAUUUGGGGGUUGAUGAGGACCGGAAAAGGAGGCCGCGGCGCGGCGACAGGAGUCAUCGGCAGAGCUGGAAGAGCGGCGCCAGCGGCGCGACUUGCUGCGAAGACGACGAUUUUGAUGACAGUGACGAAAACGAGAGCGCCGAGAGCGAAAGCGUCUUUUCCAGGUGCCGCAGUCCCGCGCUCACAACGGGGACACUGCCGCCGCCCCAGCCGCCCCAGCCGUUGACGCCGAUAGACGGGCCUACCAGGACGGCGGCUCCUCGGCCUAGGGGUGUCAACACGGCGCCUAAGCAAAAGUCCGGCCAGCAGAUGAGUGCAUUUCAGAAGAUCAUUAAAGGCCUCUCGGGCGAUACGGAGGAGAAUGCGGGAGUCAAUGGAUGUGCCAACUGCCAGGGGCAGGAUGCCAGUGUCGCGUGGAAUACGGUGAGCUUGCUGAGGGAUGAGAACAAGCAUUUGAAAGGCAGGGUCGGGGAGCUGGAAGUCGCUGUUGAGGGCGCCUUGGACCUGGUCAAUGGCAUUGGGUUGUGA